AUGGCUCUCGGCAGCCGACGAAGCACGAAUAAUCCAUUACGGCUUCUUUCGACCUCGCCUAUCCUCUCGGCCCUGGUCUUCCCGUUUCUUCUCUUCUUUCUUAGUUUCCCCGCUCCCACAUCUGCCGCGGGUUCAGCAGUCCUUGGAAUCGAUGUCGGCACGGAAUACCUGAAGGCGGCGCUUGUCAAACCAGGAAUCCCGCUGGAGAUUGUGCUCACAAAAGACUCGAAACGCAAGGAAUCAGCCGCUGUUGCGUUCAAACCUACCCGACAAAGCGAUGCAUCAUUUCCAGAACGAUUCUACGGAGGUGAUGCUCUUGCAUUAUCUGCACGAUACCCAGACGAUGUCUACGUGAAUCUCAAGACGCUGCUAGGCCUCCCUUUUAACGACGGAAAAGGCGAACUCAUCGAGACAUAUCACGCACGCUUUCCUUCUCUGAGGUUGGAGGACGCUCCUGGUGAACGGGGUACCAUUGGCGUCCGAAGCAACAGACUUGGCGAGGCGGAGAGGAAAGAUGCUUUUCUCAUCGAGGAGCUUCUGGCAAUGCAACUGAAGCAGAUCAAGGCUAAUGCUGAUACUCUGGCUGGUAAGGGAUCGGACGUUAGAGAUGCGGUUAUCACGUACCCGUCUUUCUACACCGCUGAUGAAAAGAGAUGCUUGCAAUUGGCGGCUGAAUUGGCUGGCUUGAACGUGGAUGCGCUGAUCAGUGACGGCCUUGCUGUUGGACUCAACUAUGCGAUGAGCCGAACAUUCCCCAGUGUUUCUGAUGGAGAAAAGCCGGAAUACCACCUUGUGUACGAUAUGGGCGCCGGUUCCACUACUGCGACAGUCCUCCGCUUUCAGAGCCGCAAAGUCAAGGAUAUUGGAAGGUUUAACAAGACUGUCCAGGAGGUCCAAGUCUUAGGGACAGGAUCGGACAGGACUCUUGGCGGCGACUCCCUCAACGAUCUUCUUGUUGGUGAUAUGGUCUCUCAGCUGCUUGAGGACAAAAAGCUCAAGGACCGUGUUACCCUCGCAGAUGUGCGCGGGCAUGGAAAGACCAUGGCCAGACUUUGGAAGGAUGCAGAAAAGGCUCGCCAGGUUCUUAGCGCCAACACCGAAACCGGCGCAUCCUUUGAAAGCCUCUACGAUGAAGACGUCAACUUUAAGUACCGUGUGACUCGCUCUAGAUUCGAGGAGCUGGCGGAGAAGCAUGUUACUCGGGUCGCAAAGCCACUUGAAGAGGCCUUGGCAGCUGCGGGUCUGCAGCUGAACGACAUUGACACCGUCAUUCUACACGGUGGUUCCAUCCGCACUCCAUUUGUCCAGAAAGAACUAGAAAAGGUUUGCGGGGGCUCGGAAAAGAUCCGGACGAAUGUCAACGCCGAUGAGGCUGCUGUUUUUGGCGCCGCUUUCAAGGGAGCCGGUCUCAGCCCCAGCUUUCGCGUCAAAGAAAUCCGUGCUAGUGAUGCAUCCGGCUACCCAGUUAUUCUUAAAUGGUCUUCCGAGUCCAAGGAUAGGCAGCAAAAGCUCUUUACUCCUACUUCUCAAAUCGGGCCUGAGAAACAGGUUACAGUGAAAAACUUGGAAGAUUUUGAGUUCAGCUUCUACCAACAGGUUUCGACCGCCGAGGACGUGGUCGAAGUCCCUGUCCUUGGAGUAAAAACGCAGAAUCUCACCGCAUCUGUCGACAAACUCAAGGAAACCUUUAGCUGUUCGGCUGCCAAUAUUACUACGAAAUUUACAAUCAGGCUUAAUCCCCUGAACGGUCUUCCUGAGGUUUCUGGUGGAUUUGUAAGCUGUGAAGUCGAACAUUCCAAGUUAGGAAGUGUUGUUGAGGAUGUUAAAGGAUUCUUUGGCCUGGGUUCGAAGAAGGAUGAACAGGUGCCCCUUGGAGAAAAUGGAGAGGCAACCGAGUCAGUCACGUUGGAAGCUGAGGAGUCCCAAGCCUCAACGUCUUCUGCUGAGGAUGCCACUGCCACGGAUUCUGCUAAAGAAAGCAAAAAAGUCGCGUCCCAACCCCGGCUGGAAGUUAUUCCCGUCAGUUUCACAACUUCCCCGCUAGGUGUUCCUGCCCCAUCUCCAGACGAGCUUGCCCGUAUCCAAAUCCGCCUCGCUGCCUUUGACGCCUCAGACCGUGAUCGUCUUAUUCGGGAAGAAGCCCUAAAUGAGCUGGAAUCCUUCAUAUAUAAAAGUCGGGAUCUCUCGGAGGAUGAAGAGUUUGUGAAGGUGCUCAAAGCGAACGAACUGGCCACCCUCAACCAGAGGGUGGCUAGCGCAAGUGACUGGAUCUAUGACAGCGAAGAUGCGCAAACAAAGGAGUUUAAGGAGAAGUUGAAGUCUUUGAAAGAGAUUGUCGAACCGGCGUUGAAGAGGAAGCAGGAAAAUGCCGCUCGUCCUGCGCGUGUUCAACUGCUACAGGAAUCGCUCAAGAACGCCCAGAUGGUUAUGAGCGUUAUGGAAAAACAAAUCCAGCAGGACGAGGAAAUCUACUCUUCCAGCCUGGCCGGAGCUAGCACAUCAACUGCGAGUGAGUCAGAAACAUCCUCUUCGGCAUCUCCUUCACCAUCGGCGGAUGCCGAUGACCUAGAAGACGACGCUUAUGGCACAUCAACCUCCGAAACGUCCUCCUCAAAGACCACGUCAACACCCGCUCCUCUGAAAUACUCCGUCUUCCAACCGUCGGACUUGAUAAGUCUUUCCGAAACGUACGAAUCCGCUAGCUCGUGGCUCGAAGCCCGGCUUCUCAUUCAAGAGCAGUUGAGCGAGACGGACGAUCCGUCCUUGACAGUGGCAGAGAUCGAUACUCAUCUCAAGCGCAUCGAGCGGAUCUCGAAUCGCAUCUACGAAAAGAUGGGCGCGGCAGCAGCUAAGAAGUCAUCUGGCGAGAAAACUACCAAGAAGAACGGCAAGAAAGACAAGACGGAGAAGCCGACGCAGGAGAAAGAAUCUGCCAAGGAGACAGAGUCUGCGAAAGAAAGCGAAAAGCCUGACUACCACAAGAAGGAUGAGUUGUAA